AUGGCCCCCUCCUGCUGCUCCUCUUGCUGCAAGCCUACCUGCUGCAGAACCACCUGCUGCAAGACCACCUGCUGCAAACCGGCCUGUGUCACUUGCUGCUGCAGCACACCCUGCUGUCCACCCAGCUGCUGUGGGUCCAGCUGCUGUCAGCCAUGCUGUCCCCCAUCUUGCUGUGAAACCACCUGCUGCAGAACCACCUGCUGCAGACCAACCUGUGUGACCUGCUGCUGCAGCAAACCCUGCUGUCCACCCAGCUGCUGUGGGUCCAGCUGCUGCCAGCCAUGCUGUCCCCCAACUUGCUGUGAAACCACCUGUUGCAAGACCACCUGCUGCAAACCAACCUGUGAGCCCAGCUGCUGCAGCACACCCUGCUGUGAGCCCAGCUGCUGUGAGCCUUGCUGCUGCCCCAGUUGCUGCAUCGUUCCCUGCUGCCAGCCCUGCUGUCCCCCAACUUGCUGUGAAACCACCUGUUGCAAGACCACCUGCUGCAAACCACCCUGUGAGCCCAGCUGCUGCAGCACACCCUGCUGUGAGCCCAGCUGCUGUGAGCCUAGCUGCUGCCCCAGUUGCUGCAUCAUUCCCUGCUGCCAGCCCUGCUGUCCUCCAACUUGCUGUGAAACCACCUGCUGCAAGACCAUGUGCUCCAAACCACCCUGUGAGCCCAGCUGCUGCAGCACACCCUGCUGCCAGCCCAUUUGCUAUGUGGACACCUGCUGCCAGCCUUGCUGCCCAUGA